AUGAUUGAAAACAUCGAAGACGCGCUCACUGUGGGCAGGGUGUCUGCUCUGAUUGCGCUUGGUGUCUCGCUAGUGUCUUUGAGCAUUCCUCUUUUGGCAUCCAUCUUGCUUGUAUAUCAUUUUGAUAAAAAGCUAACUGCAGCAUCAUGGUCCGUCCUCGCUCGACAGAUGCACUCGUCCCUCUGGCCAACCAUUCUGCAGUCCGACUCAGCAGCCUCCCGCAACGUCCACUGGACCGUGUCCACCAUUUCACAUGCCAACUUUGCAUUUGCUCUGCUUGUCUUUGUCACUGGCUUCGUCACGCCACUAGGACUAAGCGAUGCAAUCGUUACCACAUCUCCUUCAUCCGUCAACUUCGAAUAUGCCCGGGACUUGUCUCUAUUCGGCAAUAGCACACCACCACGCCCAAUGACCGGCUUGUCGCGAGACUGCAACAGACUCAUUCUGUUCUGCCCUGGCGGCCUCAUCUCCGCCUCUCGCGACUUUAACAACAGCUACAAUCUCAAUACAACUGAUUUCAACGCCACAACACAUCUCCCCGCCAAUCUAACCGCCAUGUUUACCAGUGCCACGAAAGAUUCAACUGUUGCUGGUGCCUUUGAUAUCCAGUACCGUUCGUGGUCACUGACGUCUACACCAGACUAUGAUGGAAACAGGUCCUACGCCAAGGGUGCCAAACGCCACAUCGACACGCUCCUUUCAAACGACAAAACAGUUCUUGUAGAGGGUAUUGUUGCUGAUAUGAAGCAUGGCGGCAUUGGUUUCCGCAACCACACGAUUCCAUCGAAUGUGCAGCGCGGCGUUACCUGGAACGAAGACAUUCUGUGGCUCGAGCCCGACAUUUCCUGCGCCAAUACCAAUCUGUCUCUCCGCGUCAAGAUUGGGCAAAACGACAUUUCCCAGCUGGCGCUAGUAGAUCAAGGCGGUUUUGCCAAACUGCGCCACGGCAACCCCAGCAAAGGCUGGACCAACCCCGAUAGAAGCAAACUCGGCACUCGCUACCAAGCAGACCGCACGGCAUGGAUACACAACGUCCUGGCCGCCAUCUACCGCAACAUGAUAAGCCCUACAAAUGCCAAAUACGGCCUAAACGUCACGCUAAACAAAGAAUACACGAUGAGCCCUCUCAUUGGGAAAAAGGGUGACAUUGGCUAUCCGCUGGGCCUCAGCGCCUACGACCUCCAAGGCACCUGGCUUGGAAACCUGCCCUUUGCACGGCAAAAUGAGCAGACUGGCGAAAUCGAGGUCGAUGGCAAGGAAGUGUCCGGUGGUGCAGAGAAGCACCCGGACAUAUGGGCCGCCAUGAUGCUUCGCCGGCUCGACACGUACUGCUCCGGCCACUUGUCGGCUGAUGAUAAGGGCUACGAGAGCUUCAAGUACUUUGAGUGCGGCGAGAUCUUUGGGCUCCCCAGAAAUAUCAACGGCGACUCGACAGUCGUGCAGGGCGGCGGCAGCGAGUGGAUAGUGCCGAUGCAUGUAUGUGUAGGAGCCAUCCAGGCGUCGGUGCAGACAUUGACGUUUUCCAUGAACGGAUCCGCGGCCCUCGAGAACGUCGAGGUGCUCAACCGCCAGCCUAAACACUAUAACAGCGAGGAUGACUAUCCCACUUGGGCGUUUGAGUACAAGAACUUUAGCCGUCUCCGCACCGACAGCGGCUACGGCGAGUUUAACGUGCCCAGUCCCAUCUGGGGUAUCGUCGAUGCAAAGUACACGGGCACACCUGAGUACAACUUCACCAAAGCGGCGUCCUUUUACCUCCCGCAUUCGUUCCGCGGUGCGUGGGAAUAUCAGGCAGCGCCGCUGGACAUGCUUGCUGCCACGGUAGCGCCGGUAGGCAUUCUCACCACAGUGGUGAGCAACUUUGGUCGUGCGGUGUCGCUGGAUGGCCCGUCGUUUCUGCCUUCUUACACGGGUGCACAGAGUAUGAUGCUCAGCACGAAAUGGGCACAGCUGGCGGCCAAGGAAAACGGCUACGGGGCCAUUCUGCGUCUCAUUUGGACAGAUAUGUUGGCCAAUUCGGUCAUGACGGCCAAACCAGCCGCCGAGGUAGCAAGCUCGUCGAAGACUGUGGUGGAUGGUAUUGGUGGGCGGCAUAAUGUGCAGGUGUUUAUCCGUAGGGUGCAGUAUAACCUUGCCUUUGCGACGCCAGCCAUUAUCCUGCUUGUGUUUUGUAUCGUUUCCGUGCUGGCAGCGCUCAUCUCGGGCGUAGUCAAUUGGCGACUUGUCAAGAAUCUCCGGGCCAUGCUUAAUGACACCAGUGUGGGAAGAGUAGCUACAUCUCAUGUCACGUAUGAAGGGGGCAAUUUAUCGAGAGCUUCGACUAAUCAGUGGCAGAAGCGGAUGGGCUCGACUAAGCUGCGGUUUGGUGGCGAGGAAUCUCAAGUAACCAUGGUUGAACACGCUGCACAAAAGUCUGAAAGAUAGCAGAUUGAUUAAGGAUAACAUGUGCACUAUGCAUAUCAUAGUUUAUACCUUUGGAACGUUAUUUCGCUACAAUUUGCAGUUGUUCAUAAUAG